ACGAGAGAGGAAGAGAAUUCGUGCGAUAACAGGGGACUAGAAAGGCCGAAAACGACGAUGGUGGCUGUGGCAAGAACCACGGCAGCGGAAAUUUCGGGACGGUGAAAGUUUGAAUGAAAACAUUUGACCGGUGGUUUAUGUGGUGGUUUCCGGCGAGGUAACUGCUACAGUGGCUGUGAGAAAGGCUACGGGGCUUUCCUGUGUAGCAGAAAAAUUUAAUUUUUUCACCUCGGGAGAAAAUUUAUAGGUGCAGAUGCUGGCGUGUAAGUCGGUCACAAAUUAGAAAACUUUCAGACGAAGAAAUUUACCCUGAAGAAGAUGGCGGCGUAAAGGUGCGGCACGACAUGAAGGGCGGCAGAUCUUGGGCAAUUAAUCUUGGAAAAUGAUAUAAGAACAACUGUACUACAAUUUGUUUACAACUAACUACAAUUUGGAAAAGCGGACAAUGCAAACAGGAAAUGCACUUGCAAGCCAAUCUCGGAGCACGCUUUCUUCCCUCUCCAACCUUACCUCUCACCCUAUCAAUUUCUCAUCCUCAUCAUCGUCUUCUUCCUCUCAAUGUUUCUCCAUCCUCCGUGCCGCCAUUUCCAAAACCGAUUUGCUGCUAGGCAAGUCUGCGCAUGCGCAUAUGAUAACCUGCGGACGAAACCCAGAUCGUUUUUUGACCAACAAUCUCAUAAAUAUGUACGCCAAAUGCGGGUCAGUCGCAUUUGCACGUCACCUGUUCGAUAGAACCAUUGACAGAGACCUUGUCACUUGGAACUCCAUUCUAGCCGCCUAUGCACACUCCACGGACUCUCAGAUUGAUAAUGCUCAAGAAGGCUUUCGCAUAUUUCGUUUGCUUCGUGGGUCUGGUGUUUUAACUGGUCGACUCACUCUGGCACCUGUUCUAAAGCUCUGUCUGCUCUCUGGAUAUGUAUGGGCGUCCGAGGCUGUUCAUGGUUACACCAUUAAGAUUGGGUUGGAUUUGGAUGUCUUCGUAUCCGGAGCUCUUGUGAAUAUAUAUGCUAAAUUCAGGCGGAUUAUGGAGGCCCGUGCUUUGUUUGAUGGCAUGCCAGAUAGGGAUGUUGUGUUGUGGAAUGUAAUGCUCAAGGCCUAUGUGGAAAUGGGUCUUUAUAAAGAAGCACUUUGUCUCUUCUCUGCUUUUCAUCACAGUGGGUUGCGUCCUGAUGACAUCAGUGUGCGUGUUCUUAACGGCAUUAACAAUGUUAGUUCUGAUGAAGGCAACAGUCUCAUUGAACAGGUUAAAGCAUAUGCGACAAAACUGUCUUUGAAUCGUGAGGACUCAGAAGUAUUUUUCUGGAACAAGACAUUAUCUGAGUAUCUCCAAGCUGGUGAAAAUUGGACUGCUGUUGAAUGCUUUAUAAAUAUGAUUAGAGCAAAAGUGGAAUGCGAUGCUGUGACCUUUAUGGUUAUUCUCUCUGCAAUUGCAGAUGCCAACAAUCUGGAGUUGGGGCAACAGGUUCAUGGUGUUGCGGUGAAGUUAGGGGUUGAUUCAGUUGUUUCUGUUGCAAAUAGUCUUAUCAACAUGUAUUCUAAGGCAGGUUCUAUUUGUUUUGCACGGAAAGUGUUCAAUUCCAUGAAAGAAUUGGAUUUAAUUUCAUGGAACUCAAUGAUAUCAAGUUGUGCACAGCGUAGUUUAGAAGAGGAGUCCGUGAAACUAUAUAUAGAUUUAUUACGUGGUGGCCUUAGACCAGAUCAAUUUACAAUAGCAAGUGUUUUAAGAGCUAGCUCAUCUCUGAAAGAAGGCUUGUAUCUCUGUAAACAGGUUCACGUUCAUGCAGCAAAAACUGGAAUCAUCACUGACAGUUUUGUUUAUACUGCCCUUAUUGAUGUAUAUUGUAGAAGUGGAAAUAUGGAGGAGGCAGAGUUUCUUUUUGGAAACAAAGGUGAAAUUGAUUUUGCAUCUUGGAAUGCAAUGAUGUUUGGGUACGUAAUGAAUAAUGAGAGUCAGAAAGCAUUGGAACUCUUCAGUCUGAUUCAUAAAAGUAAAGAGAAGGCAGAUCCAAUUACUUUGGCAACGGCAGCUAAAGCCUGUUGUUGCUUGGUUGGGUUAGAGCAGGGGAAGCAAAUUCAUGCUUAUGCAAUAAAAACCAGGUUUGACAAAGAUUUAUGUGUUAGCAGUGGCAUCCUAGAUAUGUAUAUUAAAUGUGGAGAUAUGGAAAGUGCACACGUGGUUUUCACCCAAAUCCCUGUGCCUGAUGACGUUGCAUGGACAACUAUGAUCUCAGGAUGUGUGGAAAAUGGAGAUGAGGACCGUGCUCUUUCUAUAUAUCAUCAGAUGAGACUUUCAGGGGUGCAGCCUGAUGAAUACACGUUUGCCACCCUUGUCAAAGCCACCUCUUGUCUCACAGCAUUGGAACAAGGGAGACAAGUUCACGCAAAUGUUAUAAAGUCCGACUAUACUGUAGAUCCUUUUGUCGGGACCUCACUUAUUGACAUGUAUGCCAAGUGUGGGAACAUUGGGGAUGCAUAUCUUUUAUUCCAGAGGAUGAACAUUAGGAACAUUGCCCUGUGGAAUGCUAUGUUGGUUGGUUUGGCUCAACAUGGAAAUGCCAAAGAAGCCCUCAACCUUUUCAAAACUAUGGAAUCUAAUGGUAUUAAGCCAGAUAAAGUCACCUUUAUUGGAGUACUUUCUGCUUGUAGCCAUUCUGGUUUAAUUUCUGAAGCUUACGAGUAUUUUGAUUCAAUGAGCAAAAUUUAUGGCAUUAAGCCUGAGAUCGAGCACUACUCUUGUCUAGUUGAUGCCCUAGGCCGGGCAGGGCAUGUUCAAGAGGCAGAGAAGCUGAUAGUAUCAAUGCCCUUUGAACCUUCUGCCUCAAUGUAUAGAGGCCUGCUCGGUGCUUGUAGGAUUCAAGGGAACACAGAUACUGGAAAACGUGUGGCAGAACAGCUAUUGGCAUUGGAGCCAUCCGAUUCGGCAGCUUAUGUUCUCUUAUCCAAUAUCUAUGCUGCAGCAAACCAAUGGGAUGAUGUAACUGAUGCUCGGAAAACAAUGGAGAGGAAAAAAGUAAAGAAGGAUCCGGGGUUCAGCUGGAUAGAUGUGAAGAAUAGGGUGCACUUGUUUGUGGUGGAUGAUAGGGACCAUCCACAAACUGAUUUGAUAUAUGAUAAGGUGGAGGAUGUGAUAAAAAGGAUCAGAGAAGAAGGGUAUGUCCCUGAUACCGACUUUAUGCUGCUUGAUGUGGAAGAAGAGGAAAAAGAACGUGCCCUUUAUUACCAUAGUGAGAAGCUUGCUAUCGCUUAUGGACUCAUAAGCACUCCUCCAUCCUCCACUAUUAGAGUAAUUAAAAACCUUAGAGUUUGUGGAGAUUGCCAUAGUGCAAUCAAGUACAUCUCGAAGGUUUAUAAGCGAGAAAUUGUGUUGAGAGAUGCAAAUCGGUUCCAUCGUUUCAGGGAUGGAAUCUGCACUUGUGGUGAUUACUGGUGAUGUUGAAUAGAUCUAUCUUAUUGUUUUUCCCCCCCAACUAACUCCAACUUUUGGUGACAACACAACCUAAAGAUCCUUGGAUUUUUUCUAAA